GCUCAGAAGGAACGCUAGCUAGAUGCUUAACACAUGCAAGUCGAACUUUCUUUUUCUUUCUUCACUUUCUUUCUCUUUCUUAAAGCGGUAUUCCCCCUUGCAAAUCAAAUCUUUAUCAAAUACAAUCUUUCAUGGAAUUCUCUCCUAGAGCUGCCGAACUCACUACUCUAUUAGAAAGUCGAAUUACCAACUUUGACACGCAUUUUCAAGUGACUGAGAUCGGUCGAGUGGUCUCAGUUGGAGAUGGUAUUGCACGUGUUUAUGGAUUGAACGAGAUUCAAGCUGGGGAAAUGGUUGAAUUUGCCAGCGGUGUGAAAGGAAUAGCCUUCAAUCUUGAAAAUGAGAAUGUAGGGAUUGUUGUCUUUGGUAGUGAUACUGCUAUUAAAGAAGGAGAUCUUGUCAAGCGCACUGGAUCUAUUGUGGAUGUUCCUGCGGGAAAAACAAUGCUAGGGCGUGUGGUCGACGCGUUGGGAGUACCUAUUGAUGGAAGAGGGGCUCUAGGCGAUCACGAGCGAAGACGUGUCGAAGUGAAAGCCCCUGGGAUUAUUGAACGUCAAUCUGUGCACGAGCCUAUGCAAACGGGGUUAAAAGCGGUCGAUAGCCUGGGAAAACUUAUCUAUCUACUUAUCAUAUUUUUGCCCCUGCUCGGUAGUUCCGUAGCGGGUUUUUUCGGGCGUUUUCUAGGAGCAGAAGGAACCGCUAUAAUGACCACAGGGAAAAAUCUCGUGUUUUUUUCUAUACUUAUCUUAGGCUUGAUCUUUCUGCUUCGUCUUUAUUGUUUUAGUUUGAAAAAAAAGUUUGGAUUUCGACUUGUCUUUAUGAUUUAUAUAUCCAUUCUAGUUUUCGUCUCUUUCUUUUGCUAUUUUCUUCGCGCCUACUUACUUUCCCACUUAGGUCUUCAUUUUUUUUAUCCUUUUUUGAUUUUGAGUGUGGGGGGAGGUGGCGGUCUAGCACUUCCUCUUCCAGCCCAUUCCGGCCCAUCAAGCCCGUCCUCGUGGACGGAUUUUGAUAUGCAGGUCUUAUUGGAGCCCUUUUCCGAAACAGAAAUGGAGGGCACGUCGGUGAAUUCCGCCCCUGGGGCUGGGGGGGUGGCGCGCGAAGAGGCGGGGCCUUCUCACCAACCAUAUAAUAGUUACAUAAAAACUAAUACGAGCUUGGAAUCUUCUAUAAGAAAUAGAAUAUGUGCCCUCGAGAAGGACCAUAGCCCGUUUCUCCUGGAUAAAGAGAAAGGAGAAUAUUGGCGCGAAAUGAAAACAGCCUUGGGUCAAGUCCCCUCUCAGCGUGAGUAUAACCGCUUACUUGACUUCGAGAAUACAGAUCUCCAGAUCCGGGAGCUGAAACACGGGUGUUAUUCCCUUUAUCAACGACUUCUUUCGGAACAUCCUACCUUGGCCGAAAAGGCCUCCUACAAUUCUAAAGAAGCCUUUAUCGACUUCUUUGACGAGAAACGGGGCGAGCUAGACAAGCUGGAGCUGGACACCCACCCACAAGGGCGGAGCACGGCGGCGGAAAGAGACAGAAUAGAACUCCAAUUUUUGGAUAGCGUUAGGGAGGAUCUUAUCAAACGGGGGGCCGGCUCUCCGUAUAUGAAUAAAAUUCUUGUUGGGCCAAAUCCUGAGAAAAGCUAUCAAGCGCUGUUUGAUGAGCCUUCGUAGUAUACCUGACAAAUCGGGAGGUGUAGCCGCAAUAGCACCAGUUUUUAAGGGGGCAGGAUGAAUAGAAGACGGAGAGGGGGGUAAGAUUGAAGAUACUAUAGCAGUUUUUUUCUUUG